UCCUGCCUGAGAUCAGUAAGUUCUCGCGGCGCUGCUCGAACAAAAACGCGACGUCCACGGAAAAUACCGAAAACAUAUAUAGUCGUAACGUGAUUACUGCACUAAAAGAAGUUUUUUCACUAAAAACAUAAUUUCUAAUUGUACAUCUUAAUCCUGAAAUAUGGCUGCCGAAGACAUUUCUCCGCUAAAAGACGGUGGUGUACUAAAGGAAAUCCUGACGGAAGGCUGUGGAGAUGAAGUUCCAAGCACAGGCAGCAAAGUCACAGUCCAUUAUACCGGUACUCUGUUGGAUGGGACAAAAUUUGAUUCAAGCAAGGACCGUGAUAAUCCGUUUCAAUUCACUUUGGGACAAGGCCAGGUUAUUAAGGCUUGGGACAUUGGAAUAGCAACCAUGAAGAAAGGGGAAGUAGCUAUGCUCACGUGCGACUCGAAAUAUGCCUAUGGCAAAAUGGGCUCUCCUCCAAAAAUUCCAGCUGAUGCGACACUUAAAUUUGAAGUAGAAAUGAUUGAUUUCACGGGAGAAGACUUGAGUCCUGACGACGACGGGAGCAUCCAAAGAUUCCAGAUAGAAACUGGCAAAUCUGGUGGUUAUCCAUCCGACGGAUCCGUAGUAGAUAUACAUUUGAUUGGCAAAUACAAUGACAAAGUCUUUGAAGAAAGAGACGUUCAAUUCACCCUGGGAGAGGGUGAGGAGUUUGGAAUUAUAGAGGGUGUAGAAAGGGCGUUAGAAAAAUUUAGCAGCGGUGAAAAAUCAAGGCUCAAGAUCAAGAGCAAAUUCGCGUUCAAGAGUGAGGGUAAAGCAGAGUUCGGUAUACCUGCGGAUGCGGAUGUAGAAUAUACGAUACAAUUGAAUAAUUUUGAGAAGGUAGCAGAACCUUGGUCAAUGGAAGGCCCGGAGAAAGUUGCUCAAGCGAAAUUGUUCAAAGAAAAAGCGACGAAUUAUUUCAAAUCGUCAAAAUACCAACUGGCUAUUAAAAUGUGUCAAAAAGCAGUUAAAUAUUUAGAACACGAGGACGGUUUCGAGGACGAUCUCAAAACCGAGCGUAAUGAGUUAAUUUUAUCGGUUCACCUAAAUCUUGCUCUAUUUUAUCUCAAAACUGAGCAGAACAUUGAGGCAAAGGCCGAGUGUGAUAAAGCACUGGAAAUCGAUCCGAAUAACGAAAAAGCACUGUUCCGACGAGGACAAGCACAAUUCGCUCUAGCAUCUCCGGAAACUGCAGUCAAAGAUUUUGAGGCUGUACUUAAAGUUGAGCCAAAAAAUGUAGCAGCAGCUAAACAAAUUUCAGUCUGUAAUACUCUCAUCAAGCAAAAUAUUGCGAGAGAGAAGAAACUUUAUGCAAAUAUGUUUGACAAGUUCGCACAAGCGGAUAAGCAGAAGGAGGAAGAAGAACUGCGACAACAGCCUGACGUGAUGCGUGGAACUUUAGGUGAAUGGGGACAGGAAGAGAGACCAGGAGGCAGAGAUGCUACAGCGUUUGAAAAAGAAAAUCCCAACAUUCUCAUGCUCAAUGCCAACGGAAGCGACGAAUUCAAAAACAUGUGAUCGUUCAAUUAUCUUACCUUAGAGAAAUGCAUUUAAUUAAUACAUUCGUUUUUAUACAAAUCAUUCUUUCAACGUUUUCUUGCCGUUGUUGUUCAAUCAGAGAUUACUAUCAAAAUUGAUGUAUAUCUACUAUAUCUCAUAUGCUGCCUCCAAUUGCCUAAAAAGAAAAUGUUCAAAAUAUUUCCAAACUCUGUAAUUGCAUUUACACGUUACGAUAAAUGUUCAUUUUGGUGUAUCGUGUAUCAAUAAACUUUUAUAAUCUCAA